AUGGACAAUAUGUCUAUUACUAACACGCCAACAAGUAAUGAUGCUUGUCUGAGCAUUGUUCACAGCUUGAUGUGCCAUCGACAAGGUGGAGAGAGUGAAACUUUUGCAAAACGCGCAAUUGAAAGUUUAGUUAAAAAGCUAAAGGAGAAAAAAGAUGAAUUGGAUUCUUUGAUUACAGCUAUAACCACAAAUGGAGCUCAUCCUAGCAAGUGUGUUACAAUACAGAGAACGCUGGAUGGGAGGCUUCAGGUGGCUGGUCGCAAGGGAUUCCCUCAUGUGAUUUACGCUCGUCUUUGGAGGUGGCCUGAUCUUCAUAAAAAUGAACUCAAGCAUGUUAAAUAUUGUCAGUAUGCUUUUGACUUAAAAUGUGACAGUGUCUGUGUAAAUCCUUACCAUUAUGAGCGUGUAGUAUCGCCUGGCAUCGAUCUCUCAGGACUGACACUACAGAGUUCUGCUCCGUCAAGCAUGUUGGUGAAGGACGAAUACGUUCACGACUACGAGGGGCAGCCGUCAUUGUCUUCUGCUGAAGGCCAUUCAGUCCAAACCAUCCAGCAUCCACCGAGUAACAGGGCGUCUACGGAGCCUUACAGCACCCCAGCCAUGUUAGCUCCAACUGAGGCUAGCACUACCAGCACCACUAAUUUUCCCAACAUUCCUGUGGCUUCAACAAGUCAACCUACCAGUAUAUUGACAGGUAGCCAUAGUGAUGGAUUCUUACAGAUUGCUUCAGGGCCUCAGCCAGGAAUUCAGCAGAAUGGGUUUACAGCUCAGCCAGCUACUUACCAUCACAACAGUACUACGACUUGGACUGGAAGUCGGACGGCAGCCUACACGCCUACCAUACCUCACCACCAGAAUGGCCAUCUUCAGCAUCACCCACCUAUGCAUCCUGGACAUUACUGGCCAGUUCACAACGAACUUGCAUUCCAGCCUCCUAUAUCAAAUCAUCCUGCUCCAGAAUAUUGGUGUUCAAUCGCAUACUUUGAAAUGGACGUGCAAGUUGGGGAAACAUUUAAGGUCCCUUCAAGCUGUCCGAUUGUGACUGUUGAUGGAUACGUGGAUCCUUCUGGAGGAGACCGUUUUUGCCUGGGCCAGCUUUCCAACGUGCAUAGAACAGAAGCCAUUGAGAGAGCAAGGUUGCACAUAGGUAAAGGCGUGCAGCUGGAGUGCAAAGGAGAAGGCGACGUGUGGGUUCGAUGCCUCAGUGACCACGCGGUCUUCGUUCAGAGCUACUACCUGGAUAGAGAAGCGGGGCGUGCACCAGGGGAUGCUGUUCACAAGAUCUACCCAAGCGCAUAUAUAAAGGUGUUUGAUUUACGCCAAUGUCAUCGUCAGAUGCAACAGCAGGCUGCCACUGCCCAGGCUGCUGCUGCUGCUCAAGCUGCAGCAGUAGCUGGAAACAUCCCUGGACCAGGAUCAGUAGGUGGAAUAGCCCCAGCCAUUAGUUUGUCAGCUGCUGCUGGAAUUGGUGUUGAUGACCUUCGCCGCUUAUGCAUACUCAGGAUGAGUUUUGUAAAAGGUUGGGGACCUGAUUACCCAAGACAGAGCAUCAAAGAGACACCGUGCUGGAUUGAAAUUCACUUACACCGUGCCCUCCAGCUUCUAGAUGAAGUACUUCAUACCAUGCCUAUCGCAGACCCACAACCUUUAGACUGA